AUGGUUCUUUCCCGGAGUCUGCUGCUGGCAUUCCUGUUUGCCACCCUGGCAGUUUCACACAGCGCCGAGCCUGGAGCCGCUCACGGCAAGAGGAGACAGGCACAGACCUCAGCAGGUGGCAGCAAUGCCCUGCAGUACCCUGGGCAGGGCCACAGCUAUGGCAGGGACCGCGGAGGGCAUGGGAGCCAGGGGGCCCGCGUUGCCAAAGGCGGAACUGGGCUGCUCUCCCACAGGCCCCUGCAUCCCCUGGCCAGGCCUGAGGAUGACGGGACGGGCCUGGAGGGCCUGAGCCCGGUGAGACUGGAGAUGGGCCCUGGCAGGGAGAGAGACAGGGCUCGCAUGGGCAUGAAGGGUCCGUCCCAGGUCCGGGAUAACCACCCUCUGGGAACACGCAAGGGGAGGGGGCAUGGACAUGGGAAUGGCCACGGACAUCACUUAGAGCACAGGAGACAUGGAGGGCGGCGGGACAAACUGCGGCAUGGAAAAGCAUUUCUUCCAGAGCCUGAACUGAGCUCUGCGCUGAAGGACAGGGAUCUGUUGGAGGAGGCUCCAUCCUCCUCUGUCGCCUCCCCCUCUCUCAGCAUGACCCCACCCAGUGAACCACCCUCCCCCAUCGCCGCUGCCUUUGGCUCCGGCUCCUCCAUGGUUACCACGGUGAUGAACGAGCAUCCCCCAACGCUGCCCCCAGCCUCAACCAAGCCCCAGAAGGCAAAAGGACAAGGAGAUGUGAUGCCAACUUUGGAUAUGGCGCUAUUUGAUUGGACGGACUAUGAGGAUAUGAAACCCGUGGACUCCUGGCCGCCCUCCAGGAAGAAAGACAAAAGGCGGAGUAAGAACCUUAGCAGUGGCAACGUGACUGUGGAUGCUGAUACCAUCGAGCCAUGUGACCACCACCUGGACUGUCUCCCAGGCUCUUGCUGUGACCUGAGACAACACGAGUGUAAACCUCACAACCGAGGCCUCAACAACAAAUGCUAUGAUGACUGUAUGUGUGAGGAGGGAUUUCGUUGCUAUGCUAAAUUCCACCGGAAGCGGCGUGUGACCAGGAGGAGGGGGCGCUGUGUGGUGCCAGAGUCAGCCAACAGUGACCAAGGCGGCUUCAUCACCAUCUGAGGAGGAGGUGGAGGGGAAAGAGGGAGAGGUAAAGGGAGGAAAAACAGGAAACAUGACCCCAUGACCACUUUGACAUAACAGACAGCACAGCCAAGACAUCACGUGACACCGCUAAUGGACCGAGUACUUAAAGGCGACAGCUCGCUGGUUUGAGCCCAUUUGUUUUUCACCUCGAUGCCAAGGUAUACACAGCCUUUAUUACCUAUGCCAAUUCAACGGUAUACACAAACGAUAUACACACACACAAUGCAAAGCAGGCAAAUGCUGUCAUCUGGUCCUGUCUGUAAAGUCUGCCCCAGAUUUGAGGAUAAUCGGGCAGAUUCUGGUCCCUCUCGACAUUCAUGGGUGCAACUGAUUCAAGGCCGGUCUGAGCAUGUUAUCCGCCCAGAUGAUCUUGUAAUGUGAGGGGUUUACAGACAUAAUCUUAAUGUUACCGACUGGAAUGUAGGCUCCAAAUCCUAAAUAUAAAACAUGAGCGAUUGAAAUCUGAGCUGUUAACCCCUAAUUGCAAAUGAGAGCGAGCGGACUAUCGAUAUAAACCAGGAAUCAUCACCAACCAGACAGGACUUAUGUGUCUCGAAACGAGGUGGACAGUAGAAAAGCACAAGCUUGUAGAAUUACGGCAACAGUAUGUGUCUCGUGCGAGACGUGCCGCAACAGGACAGGCGAGGAAGAGUUGGGCAGAAAUUGCGUCAGCUUUGGAUGUAACAGGUCAGUUAAAAUGCAAAUGCUAACGCAAAGAAGCUGCAGAAGUUCAGCAUAUGCAUUAACUUUUAACUUACAUCUAUGUAAUGUGUCUUAGAAAGAAACAAAACAAAAAUAUUCAAUUAAUUUACAUAAUACUUUAUUCUAUGACUCUAUGAGAUCUACACUAAAUCGUUUAGUGUAAGCACCAAGUGUGUGGUCAUGCGUCUUGACUGAUUCAUCUGA